AUGGCGGCGCCCGGUACAGCAACCCCCGACCGCGAGGAUGGUGCUCACCAUCUCGAGCACUCUGUGCACCAGCGGCUGAGAGCCAACUCCAGCAUCAUGCAGCUCAAGAAGCUCCUGGUCGCCAACCGCGGUGAAAUCCCCAUUCGAAUCUUCCGAACUGCGCAUGAGCUGUCCCUCCAAACCGUGGCAGUCUUCAGCUACGAGGACAGGCUGGGUAUGCACAGGCAAAAGGCGGACGAGGCAUACCAGAUUGGAAAACGAGGCCAAUACACUCCUGUCGGUGCCUACCUGGCUGGCGACGAGAUCAUCAAAAUUGCCAAGGCCCAUGGCGUCCAAAUGAUCCAUCCUGGCUACGGUUUCUUGUCUGAGAACGCCGAAUUUGCGCGGAAAGUCGAGGAGGCCGGCAUUAUCUUUGUUGGUCCUUCUUACCAAGUCAUUGACGCCCUCGGAGACAAAGUCUCUGCGAGAAAACUGGCCAUGAAAUGUGAUGUCCCUUGCGUUCCUGGUACCGAGGGCCCAGUCGCCAAAUACGAAGAAGUCAAAGCCUUUACUGACCAGUAUGGCUUUCCAAUCAUCAUCAAGGCCGCAUUCGGUGGUGGUGGCCGCGGUAUGCGAGUCGUCCGCGACCAAGAGAGCUUGAAGGACUCCUUUGAGCGUGCCACUUCCGAGGCGAAGUCGGCUUUCGGUAACGGCACUGUCUUCGUCGAGCGUUUCCUAGACAAGCCCAAGCAUAUUGAAGUUCAACUGCUGGGUGACAACCACGGAAACGUCGUCCAUUUGUACGAGCGUGACUGCAGUGUCCAACGACGACACCAGAAGGUCGUGGAGAUUGCUCCCGCUAAGGAUCUCCCAGCGGAGGUCCGCGACGCCAUUCUCAACGAUGCCGUCAAGCUUGCAAAGUCAGUCAACUACCGUAACGCAGGCACGGCCGAGUUCUUGGUCGAUCAACAGAAUCGCUACUAUUUUAUCGAGAUCAACCCCAGAAUCCAGGUCGAGCACACCAUCACCGAAGAGAUUACAGGAAUCGAUGUUGUGGCAGCACAGAUCCAGAUCGCCGCAGGCGCCACUCUCGAACAGCUUGGUCUGACUCAAGACCGCAUCUCUACCCGCGGCUUUGCCAUCCAGUGUCGAAUCACCACCGAAGACCCAUCCAACGGGUUCUCCCCAGAUAUUGGCAAGAUUGAAGUCUACCGAUCAGCCGGUGGUAACGGUGUGCGUCUUGAUGGCGGUAACGGCUUUGCUGGUGCAAUCAUCACCCCUCACUACGAUUCCAUGCUGGUCAAAUGUACCUGCCAUGGCUCGACCUACGAGAUCGUACGUCGCAAGAUGCUUCGAGCACUCGUCGAGUUCCGCAUUCGCGGUGUCAAGACCAACAUCCCUUUCUUGGCUUCGCUCCUGACCCAUCCUGUCUUCAUUGACGGCACGUGCUGGACCACCUUCAUCGACGACACCCCAGAGCUCUUCAAGUUGAUCGGCAGCCAGAACCGUGCUCAGAAACUCCUACAGUACCUUGGAGACCUUGCCGUGAACGGUAGCAGCAUCAAAGGUCAGAUCGGAGAGUCAAAAUUCAAGGGCGACAUCAUCAUGCCGAAAAUUCUGGAUGCCAGUGGAAAGGAAAUCGACGUCACGGUACCUUGCACCAAGGGCUGGAAGUAUGUCAUCGACAAAGAAGGUCCUGCAGGCUUUGCCAAGGCUAUCCGCGCAAACAAGGGCUGUCUUAUUAUGGACACGACCUGGCGAGAUGCCCAUCAGUCUCUCCUCGCCACCCGGGUGAGAACCGUCGACAUGUGCAACAUUGCCCGCGAAACCAGCUACGCCUUGAGCAACGCUUUCGCUCUCGAAUGCUGGGGCGGCGCAACUUUUGAUGUAAGCUAUCGCUUCUUGUUCGAAGACCCCUGGCAGAGACUACGGAACUUGAGGAAGCUGGUUCCGAAUAUUCCUUUCCAGAUGCUUCUGCGAGGUAGCAACGCCGUGGCAUACCGCGCACAGCCGGAUAAUUCGGUGUUCCACUUUGUAAAACAAGCGAAGAAGAACGGUGUUGAUAUCUUCCGAGUUUUUGAUGCUCUCAACGAUAUCGAGCAAGUUGCAGUCGGAAUCAAGGCAGUGCAAGAGGCCGGAGGUGUAGCGGAAGGAACAGUUUGUAUCAGUGGAGACAACUUGAACCCGAAGACAAAGUACAACCUAGAGUACUAUUUGGAUUUCGUUGCUAAGCUGGUCGAUUUGAAGAUCGAUGUCCUUGGUAUCAAGGACAUGGCAGGUACACUGCGACCAAAGGCAGCGCGUCUCCUCGUCGGCGCGAUUCGCAAGACUUACCCUGAUCUUCCAAUCCACGUCCACACGCAUGAUUCGGCCGGGACUGGCGUUGCAUCCAUGGUGGCCUGUGCGGAAGCUGGUGCCGACGCUGUCGACGCUGCCACUGACGCGAUGAGUGGCACUACAGCACAACCAAGCAUCGGCGCCAUUCUGGCAUCCUUGGAAGGAACCGAAUAUGAUCCCGGCUUAGAUGUUCGCAAUGUCAGAGCUCUUGACCAAUAUUGGCAGCAAUUGCGGCUGCUUUAUUCACCAUUUGAAGCAGGUUUGACAGGUCCUGAUCCAGACGUUUAUGAGCAUCAGAUCCCAGGAGGUCAGCUCACUAAUCUCAUCUUCCAAGCCACUCAACUUGGUCUCGGGACCCAAUGGCUUGAGACGAAAAAAGCCUACGAACAAGCCAAUCUUCUCCUUGGCGACAUUGUCAAGGUCACGCCUACGUCCAAGGUUGUAGGCGAUCUCGCCCAAUUCAUGGUCUCCAACAAGCUCAGCUACGAUGAUGUCCUAGCCAAAGCCAAAGAUCUCGAUUUCCCAGAAUCUGUUCUGGAGUUCCUCGAAGGCUAUAUGGGACAGCCGUACGGCGGUUUCCCAGAACCAUUCCGAACUGAUGCUCUUCGCGGCCGUAGAAAGAUGGACAAGCGUCCUGGACUGUACAUUGAUCCUGUUGACUUUGAUGAAGUAAAGAAGACGCUCAAAGAGAAGUACCAAGUUGUUUCAGAGACCGAUGUUGCCAGCUACAUCAUGUAUCCAAAGGUCUUUGAAGACUAUCGCAAGUUCGUCGAUAAGUACGGCGACCUAUCCGUUUUGCCUACAAGGUACUUCUUGAACAAACCCGAGAUCGGAGAGGAGUUCCACGUUGAAUUGGAAAAAGGGAAAGUCCUGAUCCUGAAAUUGCUGGCUGUUGGACCCCUCUCGGAGGCAACCGGCCAACGUGAAGUCUUCUACGAGGUGAACGGAGAAAUUCGCCAGAUCCUCAUCGAUGACACCAAAGCUGCGGUCGAGAACACCAGCCGGCCCAAGGCGGAUCCUGCUGAUAGCAGCCAAGUUGGUGCACCAAUGGCCGGUGUUGUGGUUGAAGUACGGGCCAAGGAAGGACAUGAAGUCAAGAAGGGAGAUCCAAUUGCAGUCUUGAGUGCCAUGAAGAUGGAAAUGGUUAUCAGUGCACCCCAUUCUGGCAAAGUUGCAUCGCUGCUGAUCAAGGAAGGCGAUUCAGUUGCUGGAUCUGAUCUGGUCUGCAAGAUUCAGAAAGCAUGA